AUGGCCUUUGACAGAAACUCCUCCAGAACCUAUGAUUCAGUGACCCGGAGGCACCACGAUCUGCUGGUCACCCUCUCAGGAACACAGUCCUUUGGUCUGGUCAGACAUAGCGGGGUCCGUCAGUCGAGUUCCUGGCAGCACCUUUUCUUUACUGUUUACCUCAAUGACGAAACGUCGCAUAUUGUUUCGGGCCUGUACGGAUCAAGAGAGAGCGACGGCUGCAUCGUUACGAGUGGCAUGGAUAUUGGGAAAAAAGAAAAAGCCGUUUACAGACUCGGAGAUAGUCAAGGAAUGUAUGCUGGCAUCCAUUAA